CCAGAUUUGGUCAAAUACAGGGAAAGAGGUUCACAAAAGCAAACUUGGCGUUCUCCUGUUCUACUGAGUUAACACAGUUCUCCACGGCAACCAAAGUUCCUGUCUUUCACGCCUUUGAAUUGAAUCCUACGAAUUAAUCCUGAAAAUUCUCUCUUACAAACUACAGAAAAAAACCCAGAUUUUUUUUUAACAUGGAUUCCCUGUCGUCUGUCUCUCCAUCUAUAGUUCUACCUCCGACCAACACUUUACCGACCCGACGGCGGCAUCGUCCCCAAGUUGUUGCCUUCUCGUUUGCCACCAAUACCCGUCUUCCUCGCUUGUCGUCUUUCUUUGGCGUGAAGCUUAAAGGGAGAUUGAAUCGAGUUGUUGAUUGUAAAUGCAAAUUCAACGGUGGGGAUGCGAGAAGAGGAGAAGAAGAUGGUCAUGGUGGUAACGAUGAUGAUGUUGAUGGUGAGAAAGAAGAGGUUGAAAGGGCGCUUCAUUUGGACGGUACGAUUCCAUCUACUUCCAGCGAGUUCUUGCGACGGGUUUCGUCUCGGGCGUAUGAUAUGCGGAGGCAUUUGCAGCAAAGUUUUGAUAGCAGCAGUUAUGAUGUGUUGGAGGCAAAUCCAUGGAGAGAUCCUUCGAAACCUGUAUAUGUAUUAACUCACAAGGAAAACCAGUUGUGCACGAUGAAAACUCGAAGAAACCGCAGUGAAGUCGAAACGGAACUCGGGUUAUUGUUUUCUAAAGGAGGAAAGCGGAGUUCUGGGUUCGGAAACAAAACCGAACAGCCUAGAUCUGGUACUAAGUUUGAGAUGCUGGUGGAGGAUGUUAGGGAAGGAGUACUUGUAUUCGAAGAUGAGAAUGAAGCUGCAAAAUAUUGUGACUUAAUGCAGGGAGGAGGGCAAGGAUGUGAAGGUGUUGCUGAGAUCGACGCUUCAUCGGUAUUUGAUCUUUGCCGAACGGUGAGGGCACUCGUGGUUCUCUUCCGCAGGGGAAGAACACCUCCGUUACCUCAAAGUCUCGAGCUCAACCUGAAAGCCCGGAAACGAUCGCUUGAAGAUCAAGAGGGCCUGAUAUAAAGUAAAAAUGUAUAACUAUGAUGGCCAAAGAUGAAAACCAUAUAGGCCUUUACUACAAUGUAACUUCAUUUAUCACAAACUUGAAAUAUAAUGUAUAGUAUAAUUUGAUUA